UGCUCGCUGCUGUUCGUGCAGUGGUGCUUGAAGCCUGAAUACACACACACAUUCAUACACAGACACACACACACACACAUAGUUGUCCGCACAAAACAGGCUUAGAAAUAAUACACCCAAACAUCAUAUUCCAGGACUUCUCUAGGAAAGGCCGAAGGAGACCCAAAUAAGGUGGGCUCUCUGCUACCUGUUUGCCCUGGUAACGUGUUGCCAUGCCCUUUCCUUUCGGUAAGUCUCACAAGUGUCCAGCGGACAUUGUGAAGAAUCUAAAAGACAACAUGACCAUUCUGGAGAAGCAGGACAUUUCAGACAAGAAGGCUGAGAAGGCCUCUGAAGAGGUGUCCAAAUCUCUGCUGGCCAUGAAGGAGAUUCUCUACGGAACGAAUGAGAAGGAGCCGCAGACAGAAGCCGUGGCUCAGCUCGCUCAGGAGCUCUACAACAGCGGCCUGCUCAGCACCCUCGUCGCAGAUCUGCAGCUCAUCGACUUUGAGGGUAAGAAAGAUGUGGCACAGAUCUUUAAUAAUAUUCUGAGACGUCAGAUCGGCACACGGACACCUACAGUCGAAUACCUGUGCACUCAACAAAACAUACUCUUCAUGCUGCUUAAAGGGUACGAAUCACCAGACAUCGCUCUGAACUGUGGAAUCAUGCUGAGGGAAUGCAUACGGCACGAGCCUCUGGCCAAGAUCACCCUCUGCUCCAACCAGUUCUACGAUUUCUUCAGAUAUGUGGAGAUGUCCACCUUCGACAUUGCCUCAGAUGCAUUUGCCACUUUUAAAGAUUUGCUGACGAGACACAAACUGCUCAGCGCUGAGUUUCUGGAGCAGCACUAUGACAGAUUCUUUAGUGAAUAUGAGAAACUUCUUCACUCAGAAAACUAUGUGACUAAGAGGCAGUCGCUAAAGCUUUUGGGAGAGCUGCUUUUGGACAGGCACAACUUCACUAUAAUGACAAAGUACAUAAGCAAACCAGAGAACCUCAAACUCAUGAUGAACCUACUGAGAGACAAGAGCCGCAACAUCCAGUUUGAGGCCUUUCAUGUAUUUAAGGUGUUUGUGGCCAAUCCGAACAAGACCCAGCCAAUCCUCGACAUCCUGCUGAAGAACCAGACCAAACUCAUCGAGUUCCUCAGCAAGUUCCAGAACGACCGCACCGAGGACGAGCAGUUUGGCGACGAGAAGACUUAUCUCAUCAAACAGAUCCGAGACCUCAAGAGGUCAACCCCGCAGGAUGCUUGAGAAGGCUCACGAAUGUAUACGAAUGCAUAGAGGACGUCUAGACAGUGUUUUAGGCAGCGUCUAGACGAUGUUUGGCUCUCUGGGACGUUGAGUGGCCGCAGCGCUGGGCAUGUUUUUGUGUUUUGCAGGAACCGUUAAAUGCCGUUUGAGCUCUGUGGGCGAGAAAUAUAACAACGAGGGUGAAAAGUAGUCUUGCUUCGCUGGACAUUCAACCUCGCCCCCUACAAUGUUUUAUUCUCAUGUUUCAAAAAACGAGCAAAAUGAACAGAAAAGACAGAUGUAGAUGCUGCUGCUUUAUUGCACAUAAAGGAGGAGGGUUUUUGUACCUCAUACACAAACAUACACUCAAAUGUCUGUUGAUGCUAAUUGGAUAUUAAUGAAUUCCAGGAAAUUUAACAUGCAAAAAGCACUUAAACACACUCCUGUCAGCUCUUUUGCUUUGCACAUUUUGCUUAUCCUGGGUGAGUGAACAUGUACAUAGGCUUUUUCAUCUUUAUGGUUGCGAUCAGAUUCAUUUUCAAAGACUGAAAUGAGUAAAUGUUGACUGAGGGGGGUUUAGAGAUUUGUUAGAGUUGUGGCUGUGAUGUUAACCCUGAUUUAACUCUGCCAUUCUUUUCAUCAUUAGUCACUGCGCAGAGUGGGUGUGAUGGAAAGCUAACUCGUCUGCUAUCUGUGAUUGUGACCUUAAGAUUUGUGCUCCAACUCUUUUUUUUUUUUUUUUUUUUUUCUUUUUUUUUUUUUACUUCUAAUACUAGUUUCAGUAUAACUAACCCCACUACUCAUACCUUUUUAGUUAGUUUAUAUGUUAAUUUGUCCUUUGUUUGGGUAAAUGGAUGAGUUCAUGGGUGAACUCUUACAAAGAAACAUGUCUAGGUCACAUUUCACCCCAAAAUCAAAAGAAAAAAAAAAUAUUUUGGGACAUUCCUCUCUCAAAUUCUCAGUACUUUACAGUAUUUGGUCUUACUUUUUCUCAUUAUUGUGAUGUUUUUCUUUUCUUCUUAAAUUAGAUUUAUUUUUAUUACUUGUAUUUAAAUAAGUAAAAAGUGUAUGUAUAUAUGUGUAUAUGUGUGUGUGUGUGUGUGUGUGUGUAUAUAUAUAUAUAUAUAUAUAUAUUAAAAAUUAUAUAAACAGUUUAACUGCAAUAUAUACCUGUAUACAGACUUUUGUCAAUUUUGCAUUACAGAAAUUGGGGCAAAUUGUCAUCUUACAAAUCUUAAGUUUGUAUAACCAUACACACAAACUAUAAUUUCAUAUAUCUUUCUUUUGAAUUUGGGGUGAAAUGUGACCUUUGUCAAGUUCAAGUACUGGUUUUGUGUUUUUUGACUAAGUUCACUAGCUUACAUACGGUUUUUAUUUGGGGAAAAAAAAAUUAUGAGUGCGAUGUUAUUGGACUAAUCUGAAAUGAGUGGAUGUAGAGAAACAGCUCAUACUAGCACCUGAUUGUGGCUGCUGAGAGAAAAUUCGAGGAGUCAUGUCCUUUAUGAAUGUUUUAUUUAGGUUUGUUUUAACAACAGUGCAGUGGUUGAUGGGGGUUGUCAUAUAAUACUUUUAAAUCUGGUGCAAAAAUGAAAAACCACACAAAACUGAAAGUGAUUUAGAGGGUUGGGUUGAUAAUUUUCGAAUUACGGUUGGCGUUAUUGCUUUUACUCACAAGACAGCCACAAUCAUCUACCAUAAAACCCUUCAUUUCUCCCCUAAGCGAAAGCAGGUGUUAUUCAUAAUGGUAACUCUUACUCAUUUUCAAUGCAGAACUUUAUCUGAACUCCCAUAAAAUAUGUUCUGCCGAAUGUUUACAGUACUGGUCAGAAUAACAGGGGUUGACGUGAUAACAGUAUUUUAUUUUAGUGAAACCUACAAUAAACUUUACGUAGCUUAAAGAUGUACAUUUUUUCAUACUUCAGUCUCAGCAUAUACUGUUUAUGUGGUGACGGGCAACUCACCAUUGGUUGGCACAUGUAACAACAGCCAAUCACAGUCAUCUUGUAUGCCUGACAUCAUAAUGGCCCAGAGCAUUAAGAAUUCUGAGAAUUAGCAAACUUAUCUUGCAUAUCAGUGCAUGUUUCUAUUUUGCAGCCUUAGAUUAAGCAUGGACGUCUAACGGACGGGCUGGAAACCUCUUGCUGUCUGUUCAAUUAAACAGUCCAAUCUAACCUGUAUAGAUCUGGCCCGAGUAUUAUAAGACUUGGCCACAGAAACUGUGGAGUUUCAUCUGAAAUGUCAAUCAGUAGCCAGACUAACAGUUGGAAAUAAAGUUUGGAAUAAGAUAA